AUCUCAUGACGCCUAAGGGUUAAUUAAAUAGUUGCUAUUAGGUCGAAUUACUUGCAAUUCAAACUUGUAUAAUGAUUCUCUAGGUUGACCUUUGUUGGCAGUCUCAUCAUGUCAUUGACAUCUUGUGUGAUUGUGUGAUAGUAUUGAGGUGUCUUUCAGUUCUAUAAGUUUUUUUUUUUAAAUAUACAUAUACUGAUUCGCAAUUUUAUAUAGCACUACGUAGGGAAAAAAAAAAUCUUUAUUUAUCACUUCAAUUUGGUGUUCCGGUGUUCCCUGUUCCGCGUCUUAUGUUGUUGGAUUGCAUGAGAUCUUUGUUUAGGUGCGGCACAGUGCACCUUCACGCAUGCACCAUCACCAUGUCCACUUCAAUCCUCGCACCUCUUCCUCUCAAUCCCAUCUCCGUCAACCCCCUCAAUCAAGGAACACUUAAACCCGCUUUUCAAUCCUCAACCCUCCUUUCCGCUCACCCACUCGCAACCCCCUCUCGUCUCGAACACGCGCAUUCUCUCCUCCUCGACCUCUGCGCCGCCGAGAAAGCCCUCCCACAAGGCCAACAGUUGCAUGCCCGUUUGCUAAAAUCUCACCUUUCGGUGUUUCUGGCCACCAAGCUCGUGCACAAGUAAGGAAAGUGUGGCUCUUUGCGCGAUGCAGUGAAGGUGUUCGGUGAAAUGACUGAAAGAACUAUUGAAUAAGUAAAGGUUACCCUAACAUUUCUCACAUAUUAAAAAAAUUCUAAAGCAGCAGUGCAGAGCGCGUGUCCUAGGUUGGCCAUGGAGUGAGCCAACUCCGCCGCAGUGAUAAAGCCGUGGUGGUGGAACAUUCGGAGGUGCCGCCUCAGCGAUUGCAAUGGAACUCUCAGAAGAAUGGAAGUCAUUCUUCCCAACAGGAGCAUCCACAGUAUCCCCACUUCUUCUGUCCCGUUCCCAUUCUCUCCCUCUCGGCCCCCUCCUCUUCAACCCUAACCCUAAUUCCCUCUCCGUUCUCUUCUCUUCCCCCUCUCUCGUACCCUGUCUCCAUCUCCCUCCCCAUCUCUUUCCCUCCCGCUUCCUCCUCACUUCCCACCCUCACUCCAUUCUCCCCUCCACCGCUUCCUCCGUCGCCUCCCUCUUCUCUUUCCCCAAUCAAAACGACGCCGCUUCCCUCUUCCUCCGCAACCGCCUCCACCUCCUCUAUUACCCUAACCGUCCAAACGCCGUCGUUUUCUUCCCCACUGGCGCCAACGACGACAAACUCGGCUUCUUCAUUCUCGCCGUCAAGGAUUCGCGCUUGGACAUUCUGCUUGACUCCAACGGCGAUGUUUUUCGUGCUUCCACCGGCUCCGCGCACCGCAUCUUGAACAUUUCGGUGAACCCCGUUGCUGAUUCUGGUCUCUUCAAUGAAUCUCAUGUUAUCGGGUAUCUGUUGGCUUCCGCUCUCUAUUCCGUUCACUGGUUCGCUGUGAAGCACAAUUCCGUUUUGGAUAGACCUAGUGUGUUUUAUUUGGGUGGUAAAACGUUUAAGACUUGCCCUGUGGUUCAUGCUUGUUGGAGUCCUCAUAUAUUGGAAGAGAGUCUAGUUUUGUUGGAAAAUGGACAGUUGUUCUUGUUUGAUUUGGAAUCUCAUGACACUACGGGUGCUGCAUUCAAGGGGACUAGGUUGAAAGUACCAUGGAAUGACUUGGGUUUUUCGGUAAACAACACGGUGUGGUUGAGUUGUGAGUUUAGUUGGCACCCCAGGGUUUUUGUUGUUGCGCGUUCUGACGCUGUUUUCUUAGUUGAUUUCAGGCUGAAGGAGUGUAGUGUGAGUUGCUUGAUGAAGAUUGAGACGCUGCGAAUGUAUGCUCCGGGUGGAAAUGAGCGGUUUCUUGCAUUAUCAAGGGUUGGUCCUGACGAUUUUUACUUUGCUGUGGCUUCUACCAGUCUGUUGCUUCUCUGUGACAUGAGGAAGCCUUUGGUGCCAGUGUUGCAGUGGAUGCAUGGGAUUGAAGGACCUUGCUUCAUGUCUGUAUUGAGCUUGUCUAAUUUGAGGUCCCACUCGAGGGAUGAUGCUUUUAAGUUGGCUUCUGAAUCUGGGUUCUGUAUUGUGUUGGGAUCAUUUUGGAAUUGUGAGUUCAAUAUCUUCUGCUAUGGCUCUAUAUUGCCGUUUCGUAAAGGAUCUGUUACUUCGAAGAUUAAUCCAAACAUCUGUGCUUGGGAGCUUCCAUUUGAAAUCAAAUUAUCUGGUCAUGAGUGUCAUUGUGGGAGUUGUCUCUUAAGGAAAGAGUUCUCAAAAGAUGCUCUUCCUGAGUGGGUUGAUUGGCAGCUAAAGAAAGAGAUAGUUUUGGGAUUUGGGGUUUUAAGCAAUGACCUUGCUGCAUUACUGUGUGAACCGGAUGAAAAUGGGGGUUUUACACUCAUAAGGCUAAUGUCAUCAGGAAGGUUUGAAUUGCAGAGAUAUCAUGCCUCUUGGACGCAGGCUAGAAACAUGAAAGAUUUCCAUGAUCAAGUGUUUUGUUUGGACAGACACUUACUGUAUCCCGAGAGUGAUGAGAAAUACAAAUUUCGGAAAUAUUUUCACUACUUAAAAUUAGAUUUCCUUUAUGAAUAUGCAGGGGGUGAUCUUUCUCGAUUUCUGGUUAAAAAACUAGAAAAGAACUGUAUGGAUGCUCAGGACGAGGAGCCCUUUUGUGAUGAAGUGCAUGAGUUAUUGUGUGAGAAAUUAAAUGCUUGUGGGUUUGGCCAAUCAAGAUCAUAUCCAGCAGUUACUUCUGUUUUUAAUGAUGUCAAGCUACCAGCAAGCUUACAUGAGGUUGCUUUGAGAAGAUUGUGGGUUGACUUACCUAUGGAACUAUUACAGUUGGCGUUUUUGAGUUAUGCUGAAUGUCAUAAAGUAGUUGGAGACCUGGACCAAAAUAAGAUAGCUUUGGAAUUUUUAGCUGUUCCUGACCUUCCUCAAUUGCCUCCAUUCUUUUUAAGGAAAUCAUCACCCCACGGCAAUGAAGACAUUGUGGGCCCAGUUAUUCCUUUUCCUGUUCUACUUGUGCUUAAUGAAUUUCGCAAUGGGUACUCAAAUUUGGAAGGAGACGCAUUUUCAGUAGAAGCAGAGCUUGGCCUCAAAUACAAAGAAGUUAUGCAGGUGGCUGGUGAGAUCGCUGUUUCAGCUUAUGGCCCUGCACACCUUGAUGAUCAUGCAGUCUCCCUUGCUGAAGAUGGAGAGGAAACCUGGGUUGGUUCUUCAAAACCAAAAUCUUUUUUGUUAUACCAUCCAAUUGCAUUCAACUCAUCUGCCACAGACCUUGUACGGGAAAAGUCUGUUUAUAGCAAUACAAUUUAUGAUACAUUCAUUUCUCAUGUUCCAGAGAAGAAGUCCAAUGAGAAGACUGAGUCUGUUGGACAAGAGAUAUUUGAUGAUCUUUGCCCUGUUGAGUUGAGGUUUGCUGCUCCUGUGAAUAAGCUUGAACCUCAAGGUUUAAAGGCAUGCAAUCUAUUGAAGAGACAGAUGUUGAAAUGGCAAAACAAUUUUGAUUCAUAUAAGGAAUUCUGUAUUCAAUCUAGAUUUGAAAAAAGUACUUAACCGUUGAUCUCUCCUUUAUUGAAAAAAGUAGUUAUGGGUUUUGGUUCUGGGAAGCUCCCUAUUUAUGAAGUUGGAGCUACAAUUGAUAUUGCCUUGGACUCCUGCAUGGUAUCUUUGAAAAAAGUUGAGGCUAAUCAAGCUUCAAUUUGCUCAGCUAGUGGUGUGACUAUGAUAUUCCCUUUUCUGGUGUCUGAUGUAAAUCGUUCAGGGUUCCUCAGGAUCUUGUCAUGUCCUAUAACUGAAGAUACCUCAGGCUCAUCCUGAAGAAUUAGGUGUGUUGGUUGAAAUUUUGUAAAGUGGAAUGGUUACCAGUGCCUCAGGAUCCCAAUAUUGACUUUCUUUGAUACAAAAUGUGACAUUAUGGAAAUAUUGGCAGAUCCUGGGAGUUAAUAAUUCUGCCCAGAAGGUUUUUGGUGAAGUCACCAGUUUUUCUCUUUUGCUUACAACACUUCACGGACUCCAAAGUGAUAGUGGGGACUUGGACCAAUCUUCAUUGAAUGUUUGCAUUAAGGUGUUUACGUGCCUGAUGCAUGUUGUAACUGCUGGAGUAUCUGACAAUGCUAUUAAUACAAUGAAGUUGCAUGCAAUUAUAUCAUCACAGACUUUGAUCUUCUUUUUGAGUCUGGCUUUUUGUGUGUGGAGAAUGAAAAACAAGCCGUGCAGUUGAUGUUGGAAGUUGGAACUUGCCCUUGAAGUAGUGGUUCCGCCUUAGCAUCAGACAAUUGAGAAUGAGUCAUCUCAAUCUUUUAUUGACUAAAUCAAGUCCAAUUAAUCCUGAUAAAGAGCGUGUUUACAAUGCUGGUGCUGUUAAGAGUUCUGAUUCGUUCAUUAUUGCUUUUUGCUUGUAUGGUGCAGUUAAAACUUUUAGACUUGAUUGAAAAGUUUGCUAUGCUGGUCCGUUCAAUCAGGAAAGCCUCAUGUCAGUAGAGGCUGCUAAUGUCCAUGAAUAUCGAUUCAUAGUUCAAUAUCACAAAAAUGUCAGGGCUUUCAAUCUACUCAUUCUGAUACGUUGGAUGUCCAAGACCUAGAAGCAAUUUUGGAAAGUGUUUGAAGAAUAUCCAUUUUUUUAAUUAAAUUUGACUAAAUGUAAUUAGAAUUCAGUAUUGAGAUGAAAAUUUAACUCUAAUUAAAUGGAAUUAAUUAGAUUACUGGAUUCAUUCCGUAUAAUGAAACACGGUGUAACUUGUUUAAAAAGAAAGUGCCAAUUUAUUUGUAUAUUUGAAUUAAACAUAAGAGUUUAAUGGU